UCACCUCAUCACAACAAUAGGGCUAAAGGAGGUCCCGAACUGACAAGCCAAGAGGGUGCCUUUUGAGCGGGGGACGAAGUGGGUUGCCAUGGCGAUGCCUGUCAACCGGGAAGUCCUUCGUGGAGGCAGGCAGAGAGAGGGCUGGGGGAGAGAGAGAGAGAGAGAGAUUGUGUGUCCUGGCUAGUCUCAUGAGUUAGAGAGGAGAGAGAGAGGGAGAAGGAGCAGGGAGGGUUUGCAGUGUGGUUUACGUGCACGACUCAGGCAGACAGAAAGAGGUGUGAGUUCACUUGUUGGUGCCACUUUUUAAGAUACUUUUGAUGCUGGGCGCAAGAAUUUCAUAUCUGUCACGCAAGGACCAUAACAGAUCACAUGCAGUCUCAGCAACGUACGGAAGUGGCUGGUGAUCCAAAUGGCUCCCGGGUUGUCAUCUACGGGGAGUCUGGUGUUACCUCGGGUGGUCAGCAGAUCCUAACUUCUCCAGAGAUGACCCAUGAGGUGGUCAUCUCCCCUGGACUCCCCACGCCUCCUCUGAGCCCUUUUCGCUCAGCAGGGCUGCCAUAUGGAGAGUUCAAGGUGUCUGAAGUGAAUGGAAGUGGACCAACAACUCUCAGCUUUGGAUCUUACUAUGGCCCCUCACAAUCGCAUGGUGGACUGUCCAAUGGCGUCCAGGCCUCCUCCACUUUACCACGUAGCUGGACUCCCACCAGGGAGGAGAGGCUUAUCAAGUUCUCAGGAAUCGGUCCAGUGGAUGAAACUGGGAUGCCCAUUGCCUCCAGAUCAAGUGUGAACAAGCCCAGAGACUGGUACAAGAGCAUGUUUAAACAGAUCCACAGGAAGCCAGAGGAACCUGAGCUGGAGGAUUCGGAGCGGUGGUCAGCCGAACGGCUCCAGUCAUCUGCCAACACAGAGGGAAGCAAUGAAGCAGACAAGAAUCUCUUCAGACUAACACCUUAUGGAGCUCUACCAGACUGGAGCGAGGAUGUAGAUAAGCUGUCGGACCCGGGAAAGCCGAACUCUGAGCCGAGGAGCAUAUUCGACUUUGAGCCUGGAAGGAGCAGCACCUCAGAAAGCCGCAGCCAGGUUCAUUUAUCCCCGAAGAAACAACCUGAGACACCAAAGUCCCCUUCAGUUGAGGCCAGUCUGGUCUCUGAGCUGAGUCGGUUUGAGGCUGAGCUGGACUCGGAGAUCCAGGGCCUGGAGAGGACUCUUUCCCAGAAGAAGCAGCAUCGAGGCCGGGGUGAGGAGGCCAGAGGCGGGGAGCCAGUAACCGCUCCAAAGACUGGGACUACAAACUACAGCAAUUCAUCAGCAGCAAAGCAGCCAGUCCAUCGCUCUGUUGGCACAUCAUUGACCCCUGCUCACACAUAUGAACGUCUUUCUCCUGCAAAUGAAACCAUGGAGCUCCCACCUAAGAAAGAGGAGAAGAAGAUGAAAGCAGCGCGAGCCAAGUUCAAUUUCCAGGCUCAGUCGCCCAAGGAGCUCAUGCUGAACAAAGGCGACAUUGUUUACAUCCACAGGCUGGUAGAUGCCAACUGGUUUGAAGGAGAACAUCACGGAAGAGCCGGCAUUUUCCCCACAUCUUAUGUGGAGAUUCUGCUUCCUACAGAGAAGCCCACACCUAUAAAGUCUCCCACUCUACAGGUGUUGGACUACGGGGAAGCUGUGGCUCUGUUUAACUUCAACGCUGACCUACCUGUUGAACUCCCUUUUCGGAAAGGUGAGAUGAUCAAUAUCACCAGGCGUGUUGACGAGAAGUGGUUAGAGGGGAGGAUCUCAGGGACCAGCCGGAGCGGCAUCUUCCCGGCCAAUUACGUCCAGGUCAACAAGAUGCCCCGCACCAGAUUGUCCACUGACGACUACACACCGGGCCCCUUGUCCCCCGUCUCCCCUGGACCACAGAGUCCAGGGCGUCCGCUCCACUCACCCUGCCCGCGAUCACCAUUAUCCCCUUUCACCCCCACUUCCCUCAGCCCCAAACCUGAGCACUCCCCGCUGAAUCCGUCUUCACCUGCACCUUACGGCCUCACCUCGCUCUCCCCCACCCAGACACCCGUAUCCAAAGAAGCGGCCAAUCGGUGGCCCUCCCAAUCUGCUUCAUCCACCAACCAGAACAGCCACUGGACUGGGACACACUCGGCUAACCAGAGCUCUGUGGCUAGAGCUGUUUCACCUUCCACUCAGUCAUCAGCGUCUGCACACAGAGCAGGAGCUGCCACAGCGAACACGUCUCCCAGAUACACUGACCCCUCACAGGGUGCGAUACCAAACCAGGCUCCUCGGUUCAACCCACACGUCAACUCCCUGCCGCAAACGCAAGUGCCAAACAACCCUGACUCAACAGCGGCGCAACGCCAUCCAUAUAAAGCUGUUUACAACUACAAACCACAGAAUUCAGAUGAGUUGGAGCUCAGAGAAGGAGACCUUGUACAAGUGAUGGAGAAAUGUGAUGAUGGCUGGUUUGUAGGUACGUCAGAACGGACUCGUGCUUUCGGGACUUUUCCUGGGAAUUACGUGGCACCUUUGUGACCUCCUCACUUCCUGCUUUCCCGCAUCCACCUGGACUCAAACGAGCCCAAACAAUCACUCGCUCAGCUCUCUCCAACAGUUCCCUCUUUUGACACUCUUCCUCCCGUUACACCCACCACCACACUCCCGAACCCGGCUUAGUCAGACCUGUAUAUUCCCUCUGUUUCCCAGAACAGAGGUGAAGGCAAGGACAACGAGUGGUUUCUCACCUCACCUCCCUGCAUGUGUGCAUGUGUGUGUGUGUGCGUGUGUGUGUUCCACUGAGACUUGGUGAGUGUUUUCACACACACCACUUGAGAGGAAAGAGUGAAUGCUGAUGAUACUGUUUCAGAUGCAAAGAAUGGACUUUUUUGUUCCACAGCUAUUUGCAGCUGCAGGAAAUUUGCAUUCCUUCCCAGUGAACAGCACUGUUCCCUCUUGAGGUCCUGAUACAGUAUGAUGCUGCAUUCAGCUUUCUCUGUCACCACGGUGCCAUCACAAACCACUGCUUAGUAUUUAUGAAUUAAUGAUGGCACAUUUUUCAGGCGAUGGAUUAAUGUUUCCUUCAAAUAUCUUCCUCAGAUUUUCUUUCAGAUCUCUGAAAAUACCCGGGGCGAGUUUGAGGAAACAACAGGAACAUCUGUAGAUAUGUGCUUAGAGUAAAGCAGGACUCGGACAUGUCAAGAGAAGUUUACAGCCUUUCCCAAGGCUAUGCAGAAGAGCAAAUAUAAUUAAUGCGUGUACUGGUUUCUUCAGCAAGUUAUUCAUUAGAGAAUAUUUGGCUUUUUUGGAUGACCCUCUCAAGCCAUGGAGGGGAAUGCCAAAUGUGAAAGUAAAGAGAUAGAUCAUGUUAUGUGCUUUGCUCUGAAAUUAAAUGUCAAACCUGUAAGUUGUACAAGAUCAACUGUGUUGAAUAGCGCUAAAUUAGUCUGGACAAUGCCUCCACAGCGAAUGGUUGAAUGAUGUUCAAGUAUUUGAGGCAAAGCUGCCAAAUCUAACCUUUCAUAACAUUUCUCUUUUAAAUUUUCCAUUGAACAAUCCCAGCUCAUUUUAUUUCUGCUUCUACUGCUUUUAUAAUGUUUUGUAACAUUCUCACUUUGACAGCAUUUCCAAAAUCACUUAUGUUUGUACCGGUGCAAUCAUUGACAAGUGUGACCUGAUUAGACAUCCUUAUCAUGAGGUCCUUUUUGCAAUUUUAUAUGAUAUAUUCAUGAUUCCACUGUAAAAAAUGAUAUUUAGUAGACACAGGUGAUGAUUGUACAGACUGUAACCUUUUAUCAAAUUGAAAGUAUAAUAUAUAUUUGCUUAUAAAACAAUGUAUCUCAUACGUAUGGUACGCAAUUUUUUUUAAAAAGCAAUUAAACAUAACAGAGUGAUACU